GAACACCAACAAGUACCAAUUUUUCUGACCCCCAGUGACUAAGGAGAGUGAGUGUGUGAGUGGAGUGUUCAUACUUGUAUUGUAUUGGCAACAAAACAACACUUGUGCACAGUGAGCAACCCUCUUGUUCUUCAUCAACAAUGCUCCAAACAACCUGCAUUAUACUCUUCUCUGUUGUGGCCAUAUUUUUGCCUCAUGGAACAGCAAUGCUCAACCUCACUCUCCCAGGACAACACCCAGACCCUGAAGCCGUUGCUCGAGAAGUUCAUAGGAAAGUGAAUGCUUCAAUGGCAAGAAGGGAAAUGCUGGGAGUGUCAGAGAAAGAGGUGGCAUCAUGUCUAACAGGGAAUCCCAUAGAUGAUUGUUGGAAAUGUGACCCAGAUUGGGCCAACAACAGGCAGAGGCUAGCAGAUUGUGCAAUAGGGUUCGGGCAGAACGCAAAGGGAGGAAAAGGUGGCCAAUUUUACAUAGUCACUGAUUCCUCAGAUGAGGACCCUGUGAACCCAAAACCUGGAACACUUAGAUAUGCAGUGAUACAGAACGAGCCACUGUGGAUAGUGUUCCCCAGUAACAUGAUGAUUAAGCUGUCUCAAGAACUCAUUUUUAAUAGCUACAAGACCAUUGAUGGGCGUGGAGCUGACGUGCACAUUGUGGGUGGAGGCUGCAUUACUCUUCAGUAUAUUAGCAAUGUCAUUAUUCACAACAUUCACAUCCACCAUUGCCAUCCCUCUGGCAACGCUAACGUGCGGUCGAGCCCGGAACAUUAUGGGUACCGCACGGAGUCGGACGGCGACGGGAUCUCCAUCUUCGGCUCGCGUGACAUUUGGAUCGACCACUGCACCCUCUCCCGGUGCAAGGACGGCCUGAUCGAUGCAGUGAUGGGUUCCAGCGCUAUCACGAUCUCCAACAACCACUUCUCCCACCACAAUGACGUGAUGCUCCUGGGCCACAGCGACCACUACCUCCCAGACUCCGGCAUGCAGGUGACCAUUGGCUUCAACCACUUCGGGGAGGGCCUCGUCCAGCGCAUGCCGCGUUGCCGACGAGGUUACAUCCACGUGGUGAACAAUGACUUCACACGAUGGGAGAUGUACGCCAUCGGCGGCAGUGCGGGACCCACCAUUAACAGCCAGGGAAACCGCUACACCGCGCCGGAGGAUCCGUACGCGAAGCAGGUUACGAAGAGGCUGGAUGCCGGAGAAGGGGAGUGGAGCGGGUGGAAUUGGCGGUCCGAAGGGGAUGUUUUGUUGAAUGGCGCGUUCUUCGUUGCUUCGGGAGCAGUUGCUGAACCUAACUAUCAGAACGCCUACAGCACCCAACCUAAGAACGUGGAUCGCAUUUCGCUUCUCACUAUGUCCGCCGGUGUUCUCGGCGUUGCUAGGGACAAUAAUCUGGGAAUGUGGAUCAGAGGACCCAACGAUGGCACUGUAUAUUUUUCAGAUUCUGGCCCAGAAUACACAGACGAAAUGUCCCGGAGUACAAUGCCGUUGCUACCUUCACGUAUUUUGAUUCUUGUAUCUGCACUCUUAUGCUUCUUAGGUCAUACAACAACCUUAACAACACUACCCAAUUAGCGACUUCAAUUCGAUGAUGCUUCAUGUCUCUAUUAGAAUUAAUGAAAUCGCCGGAUUCUAAUGAUCCAUUAAUUAA